CCCGCGACACUCGUCAGCAGCUGAACGCUCGACUCUUCACUGUGGGGCGCGAGCUAUGGAUUCUUGAGCUUCCAAAAAAGACUACAGCGACGCUUAUACUUUGGCAACUUCUAUAUUGUUCUGAUUUUGACCCGUGGCCGUGUACACACCAGCGAAAUGAGGUUGUUAAUUUUGCCCGUUCUACUCGUCUUAGUCGCCAUCAGCCAAGUUCUCAGCGAGGACGCCAAGCCGCAAAAGGAGGUCCAGUACUGGACGUACAGUGACCUAGUUCAGGACAACUGGCUUUCCAGGGAUCCAUUCAGAGAAAUCCUCUUCAGGAUGACAAGAAAGCCUCGGCCGCAUCAGUUCAUCGGCCUAAUGGGGAAACGCUCCAUGGCAAAUGCACAGAUCCCUCGCAAACGACAUAAAGUCAACUCCUUUGUGGGACUGAUGGGGAAGCGGAGCCAGGAGGCACAAGAUUCAUAUGAGUGGAGCACAAUAGACAACUACGACAAGCGCCGUUAGAUGCUGGCCGCCCUCCUGCGUUCACAAGAGACAACUGACUGCUGUUGUUCCUACAAGCUUAAGAUUGUUUGCUGUAUUGUUCUGUUAAACUCAUUGUAAUACAAUAGCAGUGUCGCAUGUGAGCUUUCUCACCAAGUGUCUAGCUGUCACAAUCGCAGUACAGCCGUGGGGCCUGUAUCGACAACAGAAAACUACGGUACUUUCACUUUGUUUUCCACCUGCAUCAGAAAAGUUCUGUCAACACCUAUGUAAUGUAUUGAACAUUUUGGAUUCAAAUUUUGUUUCGUUAACGGAGGAAGAAAAAAUCUCGACUGGUUCAACGUCUGCAGAUUUGUUUUCUUUAGAUGAACAAACACCACCCUCCAGUGGCAGAUGGAGUUAUAGUACAUACAAUUAGCUGGGAAUAAUUCAAGUAAUAUAAGGUGCAUGAGGUACAUUUAGCAAUCCGAUUGGUUUCAUGGGGAGAAAGAAGAAUUGUCUGUGCUGACAAAAGUUGCAGGUGAUCACUUGUGUCCCGUCAAAUUCAUCAAAUCGCGAAUGAAAGUUUGUUCUGUCUGAUGUCUGCAGACCAGACAAAACAUUGCACGAGUGACUGAGUCAAAUCUUACACACACAUUGUGUUUGAUAAACAGUUGUGCCUCCCUGACUGCUGUAGAGCGAACAGUAACUGCUGGAGUGUAUAUUAAAAUUGUUAGCAUAACAUCAAUGUUGCCACAUUGUGUUAUGUUGAAGGAUGCUUUCAUUCUGAGGAUCACCAGACAGAUGGUCGCAUUGACUACAAGGGAAACUAAUUAUGAUCAAUGGAAAGGCGAAAUUGAGGCUGUGACUGAGAUGACUGUGAUUUCAUAAAUGUCCAGAGUGAUACCGCCUUACUGUAGGAAUGUUGCCAAGCUAUCCCCCUGUGACUGUGUGGUUCGAUCGGAUCCGUGGCCUUGUUCCACCUGAGGGAGGCCAUGCUGUACAUUUCUGGAUUUUUAGAUAAACUGCCAAAGGCCAAGCGAAAGGAGGGAUCUGAUGGGUUACUUGAGAAGUCUCCUGGGAGAAACAGACUCUCUUGUGUCCACAAGGGGUCCGGUGGUAAGCGCCAAGAACGUAUGAGGAGUUGGAGGAGGCAGGACAGACAGAGGAAAAAGUAUCACUCACAUCAUCUCAUUUAUCACCUUCCACUUGGAACUACUUAUUUCCGCUGGGAUGCCGACAUGGUGGUUGUGAAUGAAACCAGUUUGAAUCGAACCGCAGGUGUCCAAACAUGCCAAAUGUUGGAUGAAAACAUCUGGGGCCAAUGGUUCUACCUGUUAACUUAGCUAUGUGGAGGAACUGUAAAUAAGACAUGUCAUAAAUUGAAAUAUAUAACAUGCAGACACACGUAGGACACAAUUAAUGCACAAGAUGGUGGUGCAAUUGAUUUUAUUUUAAUACAUAUGUGACAUCUCAUUAAAUGUUUUUGUUUUUUCAAGAUUUUCUACAAGAUGAGCUGCAAAUGACACUUAUUAGUCUCAUUGUGCAACCAUAGAUAGGCAAAUCCACAACCCAGUCACUCCCCAUUCAGAUUGUUGAGGUUUUAGGAAAAAAUGGUUGACGCAGACCUGUGUUCAUUUUGUGUUCCAUUUUUCAGUUUUGUCC